AUGGAUGUGCUCGGCACGGCGCGAGCGUAUAUCAAGGAGAUGGUGAACAUCGCCGGACCUCAAAUGAAAGUCAUUCUGAUGGAUAAAGAAACGACUACGAUGGUUUCCUGUGCAUUUGCCCAGUCCGAAAUGAUGCAGAAGGAGGUGUACUUAUUUGAGCGAUUGGACUCACCUGUUCCAAGAGAAUCUAUAAAGUACCUGAAGUGCUUAGUAUUUGUCCGACCUACCCCUGACAAUGUGCAGUUGUUGUCAACGGAGCUGAGGAAUCCAAAGUAUGCGCAAUACUAUAUAUAUUUCUCUAAUAUUGUUAGCAAGACUGAUUUGAAAACACUGGCCGAAGCUGACGAACAUGAAACAGUCAGAGAAGUCCAUGAAUUCUUUGUUGACGGAGUCACUCUCAAUGCAUCGCUGUUCUGCAUAAAUUUGAGAGAUAUUUAUGACAGUUCUUUUACGAUCACCACUUCUUCUUUCGUCCGAAUCAAGCAAGCACUUGUUGCCCUUUUGUUAGGUCAGAAAAAGAAGUUUCAUCGAUCAUCAGAGAAUUGUAAACGACUCGCAGAUGAGUUGAAUCAGGUCAUAAGGCGAGAAGAAGGUCUGUUUGAUAACUGUAAAAGUGAUACGCUGUUGUUAUUGGUAGACCGCAGUGAAGACCCGGUGACUCCACUGCUCAAUCAGUGGACAUAUGAAGCCAUGGUUCAUGAACUUAUUACGAUCAAUAACAAUCGAGUUAGUGCUGCUGGCCAAAAUAUGGUCUUGAGUGAACUGCACGAUGAAUUUUAUGCAAAGAAUGUUUCAUCAAAUUUUGGAGAAAUCGGCCAAAACAUAAAACUGUUAAUGAACGAGUUCCAACAAAAAUCUCAGAUUCACAAAAAUUUGGAUUCGAUAGCAGAUAUGAAGAGCUUUGUGGAGGAGUAUCCCCAGUUCAAAAAAAUAUCAGGAACAGUAUCAAAGCAUGUUACAUUAGUGGGAGAACUGAGUAAAAUUAUAGCGAACCAGAAUCUUCUGGAGAUUUCGGAGGUCGAACAAAGUAUAGUUGCUGAAGGUGACCAUUCUCGUUGUCUGGAGCGUAUUCGCGUACUUAUCAAUCAUCCGAAAACUACUCGCUUGAAUGCUUUACGACUUGUACUUCUUUAUGCGCUUCGAUUUGAGGGAAAUCCCAAUAACGAUAUCCCGGGUCUGUCGUUAUAUAUUCAGAAUCCAAACACUGCAAACAUUGUUAAAUCACUGUUACGGUAUGCUGGUUCUGCUCGUAGAAACAAUGAUCUCUUUGGCGAAAGCUCAACUAUGGAGAUGACAAAAAGGUUUAUUAAAGGCUUGAAGGGAGUUGAGAAUAUUUAUACUCAACAUCAACCUUACAUCAAGAACAUCAUAGAGAAUGUAAUUAGAGGGAAACUGUCAGAACACAGUCGACUCGACAAUUUAAUUGUAUUUAUUCUUGGCGGAGCUACAUUCGAAGAAUCCUUAUUUGUUCGAUCACAAAACGAAAAACGAAUGCAGGGUGGCGGUGGUCCGGCAGUUUUACUGGCUACAACAUUCAUGCACAAUACAACGAGGUACGUUGAGUAUACGCCGAACGUCAGAUCUUAG